AUGUUGUCCACUGUACCGGCCUUUUCCUUCUGCGAACCGGGUUUGGUUAAUCAAUUCUCGGGUUUCCAAACCGGGUUCACUCCUUGGGAGUGGGAUUGCUCUGACCUCUUCUCCGUGAACCAAUUGUCACUUGAACCGGCCAUUCCUAGCCCUUGUUAUGGUGAGUCCGACACUGGUCACGUCAGAAUUAACUCCGGUUUUGAUGACAUUAAAACCGGUCCUGACGAAUCUUUCGCCGGUUUCAUCAAAACUAAACCCGAAUUUGACGACGUCGAUAAGCCAGACAAUCUACCAAGCUCUGAGGCAGACGAACCGGACUCGGACGACCAAAAACAAUUGACAAACAUAACGAAUUUCGAUUCGGGAGAGCAGAACCAUAACCGGAAUAUAUUAAGCCAGCCGGAGAUGACCGACGAGCGGAAGAGGAAGAGGAUGGAAUCGAACCGGGAAUCAGCGAGACGGUCGAGAAUGCGUAAACAGAGCCACAUUGAUAACUUACGGAACCAAGUAAACCGGCUCGAUGUAGAAAACCGUGAGCUAGGGAACCGGCUCCGGUUAGUUUUACACCAGCUUCAACGAGUGAAUACGGACAACAACCGGCUCGUGACGGAACAAGAGAUUCUCCGGUUAAGAUUGUCGGAGAUGCGGCGGAUUCUGAUUCUUAGACAACUUCAACAACAGCAACAAUGGGAGCUUAAUAACCGGAGAAUGAUCAUGACAGCACAAAACCCAUCUUCGGUCGUCGAUCAUAUGCUAUAA